AUGUCGCCAGUUGUAGUCGAGGCAGCCCCCAUUAAUCUGCACAACGCCAAUCUCGCCGCCAUGGCCCGUAUGCAACUGCACACCCCAACGAUCCCCUCAGAAGAGCCACAGGCCGAGCAGCAACGGCCAGCUGAAGAGCCAACUCCUGCGACCAAUGUAAUCGGCCCAACACGGGCACCAUGUCUCAACUGCGGGACAACAGAAACGCCACUCUGGCGACGAGAUGCUGACGGAAAUCCCCUCUGCAAUGCCUGUGCUAUGGUUGUCAAAGACCUGAUACAAAACCAACUCGACGUUCGCUUCUAUUCGAAGCUCCAAUGUGGCCGUAUCACCAUGCGAUACAUAGUUCGUAAAUUCUUUGUUGUUUUGACGAACGACUAUCGCGAUACAGCACGCUGGCUUUCAUCGUUGCUUUGA